AUGCUUUUGGUUACAGGGGAAAAGAUAUUCGAAAUACCACAAGAACAUAAUCAAGACAAUGUAUUUAUAGUAACUGUGAACGGAUUGUUGGAACGCUAUGUAAGAAGGAAUGGUUCACAUUUUGACUACCCGCCAUUCAAAUAUAUAGUUGGAGAAAUCAUCACUGUCUCUUGCGAAACUAAACUAAAGUAUCCAUUGCAGUUUUAUUUUGGAGCACACAAUGAUAGCGCUGCAAUCAAAGAUCGCACGGUACGUGUGUUCGGUCUGCACAGACCCAAUAUUCUGUAUGAAUACCUCCGCGGUAACAUCUGGACAACCGUCUACCAAUACUCGGUAGACGAAAUUAUAAGCUUGGGAUGUGUUCUGAAUAUUUUGCCCGAAGAAAAUUAUAAAUUUGAAUGGACUGUUAAUGGUGUUGCGUCAAAUAAGUUUGGAUACAUAGACAAAUUGAGUGGCAUGAAGUAUUCAGUGGAAAAUAUCACAAAAAGAUUAACUGAAAACUACGAUAAAAAAGUCAUUAAAUGCAUUGCUUAUAAAAAUUCGAACAAGUUAGAUUUUGCUCAAGUAAAAUUACAACUGAAAGAUACAUCGAACUCUGAAAACUUAGAAGCUGAUAUUAAUACAUAUAAGACCAUACCACUAAUACUACUUUACUUGGCCGUCUGUGUGGCUUUCAUUACAAUCAUGAUAUACAGCCUCAUUUUCUGGCGCAAAAGGGCCAAAAUGGCGAGACUACUAAACAACCCUUACGACAACAUUUCGAAUCAAAAUGUAAGUCCAAUACCGCCUUUUCCACCACAGUGGGACGAAAAUGACCACUACACAAAAAUCGAUGAAGGAGUUAUGCAAGAAAACUACUCAUACGGAAAUAAUAACAAGAUGCCAAAAUAUCCCAAUCUGAGACAAAGUCAUGCUCCAUCAGAAAAUCAUUAUACAGAAAUAGAUGAUUAUUUCAAAACACCACAUAAAUCAGCUAGUAAGAAUGUGUACCAAGACAUAAAUGUUAACAAAACUGUUAAUCUAAACGAUAAUAAAGAUACAUACGAUAAACUAAGACGUGAUGAUAAAUUAAAUAAACAAAACACUGACAAACCUGGAAUUUAUGAAGCUGUACACGAAAAGCACAACAAAGUCGAUCAACAGAAUCUAGGAGAUUAUAAGAAUAUCAAUGCAAUGACAACUAUAAAUGAUAGUGCCUACGCAUAUGCAUACGAUACACGACCAGUUGAUGCAAAAUACCGGAAUAAGGACAAAAGGGCCUUGGAUUAUGAUGUGCCAUAUAGUAUAAGUGAUGUUAGUCGGGAAAAUGAAUUUUAUGUAGGCCCCGAUACGCCUAAAACUUAAAAUUACAUAAAUCCUGAAUGCCUAUAUUAAUAUAGAUAGUAUAAGGCCAAGAUUGACAUGAAAUGUUUUAACAUUUUUUUUGUGGAAUAGGAGGCAAACGAGUAGA